AGAAAGACAGUGUAGUCAUGUCGCGUUUCGGAACACUAUGCUGCCUGAUCGUUUUUAAUUUUUCAGUUGUGAAAAAUGAAGGCGAAGUGUGUUCUCUCCUUUCAAUCUGCCAUAAUAUCGCCGACGUAAAGUCAGAGGUUGCAGCCGUGCGGGAAAUGUUGGAAGACUUGGACAAAAAACUCGAGCGGCUGGAGCUCAAAAAAUACCCAGAAAGCUGCGCCGAGUCAGCGGAGAGUAAGCUGCUGAUCCGCCUGCCCGGCUACAUUGAAGCCCCAUUUUUGGUGUCCUGCGACCAGAGCAGCUACGGUGGAGGCUGGACUGUUUUGAUGCGAAGAACCGACGGCAGCGAGGACUUCUACCGCGGUUGGCAGGACUACAAGAAGGGGUUCGGCCAGUUGGACAAUGAGUUCUUCCUGGGGCUCGAGAAACUUCAUGCGCUGACCUCCUUCGAGGCCCAAGAGCUGAUGGUUGUCCUGGAGGACUACGAUGCAAAUGUACGCCACCAGCACUACGAUGGCUUCAUGAUCGGCCCAGAGUCCAACAACUUCACCCUACAGACGAUGGGCUCUAAUGAUGGGGACGCAGGAGACUCGUUCGUCCACCAUCGGGGCAUGCAGUUUAGCACUAAGGAUCGCAAAAAUGACAUAGAUCCAAGCAAGAGUUGUGCACAAUUUUUCAGGGGUGCUUGGUGGUACUACCAGUGUCAUUUGAGCGCCUUGACUGGUGUAUAUGGCGACAGUUCCUAUGGACAAGGCGUGUUUUGGCAGACGUGGCGCGGCUAUAAUUACUCCUACAAACGUGCCGUCAUGAUGAUAAGGCCGGCAGCUUACUCUUCCAAGCUAACUAAUUGAAUUAUUUUUGUCAUACUAAAAAAAAGAUAAACUAAAAUAAUGGAAACUUAGGUGAUGCCACUAGGAAACUAAAUAAAGAUUUGAUUA